AGCAAAAAAUAAAUUUAUAAAAAGAGAAUUGAAACUCCGUCGCUCCCUCCUCUUGUGUCUGAUCGGCGACCGGUGAACCACUACCGUUGGUCUGUCGGAGAAGCACUGAAGCAGUGAACCACUCACUGUCCACCGCCAAGUCGCCGUCGCCAGUCACGGACUCACUCACUCGCAACGCAACUGAAUUCAAGAAUUUUCUACAACAUUCAAGCUUCUUACUUGCGGAAUUGCACUCAAGUUCUCAGAUAUGUAUGCACAAGCAUUCACAGUAUCAAUGUACAAUCCCACUGCAACAAACUUCUCACCUUUACCUCAUUUUCUUGCUCCUUGCACUCAAUCAAAAAGUUUGUUGUAUUUUUCAAAAUCGAAAUCUUUGUAUUGCAAUUUGGUUAAAAGGGUCUCUGAAUCACAAAGAAGUUCAAGAAACGGUAAUGGUCAUGUAGUGGUGAAUGUCUGGCGUGAAGGGUCACCAAUGGAAAAUGAUAAUGAUGAUGGGUUUUACAUAAGGAGGUGUGUGGAGCUUGCUAGGAAGGCAGUUGGGUGCACAAGUCCUAAUCCUAUGGUUGGUUGUGUUAUUGUUAAGGAUGGGAAGAUUGUGGGUGAAGGGUUUCACCCUAAGGCUGGUCAACCUCAUGCUGAGGUUUUUGCACUUAGAGAUGCCGGGAAUAUGGCAGAAGAUGCAACUGCAUAUGUGAGCUUAGAACCAUGUAACCAUUAUGGCAGGACUCCACCAUGCACCGAGGCACUGAUCAAAGCCAAAGUGAAGAAGGUGGUUGUUGGAAUGGUAGAUCCAAAUCCCAUUGUGGCUUCUAAGGGGUUGGACAGAUUACGGGAAGCAGGAAUUGAAGUGACAGUGGGGGUUGAGGAAGCACUUUGCCAGAAGCUUAAUGAAGCCUUUGUACAUCAAAUGCUUACAGGGAGGCCAUUUGUUACUUUGAGGUACACCAUCUCACUUGAUGGCCAUCUUUCGAAUCAGCUUGGGGAGAAAGUCACGGAAUCAGGUGGCUACUACUCGAUACUGUUGCAAGAAAAUGAUGCAGUUAUACAUUCUUCCACCUCGGUAGCAGAGAAUCCUUCGGUUCUUUCAUCUAAAGAACCUGGAGCCAAUCAACCACUUAACAUUUUAUUAGCAGCCUCCCCAAAUUUGCCAAAUAAUAUCCCCCCUGCCUUAAAUGCAGAAGCAACGCCAAAACUGAUUAUAUUCACCGAGAAAGAGACAGCAGCAACAGUAGCACCUGAUCCAAACCAAAGAGCAGUGGAGACAGUAGUUCUGGAUAGAAUGAAUUUAACAGCAAUCCUCGAACAUUGCAAGCGCCAAGGUCUAUGUAGUGUGAUGCUGGAUGUAAGAGGUAACUCUACUGAAUUUGACGGGAUUCUGAGAGAGGGUUUUGAGCAAAGUUUGUUUCAGAAAGUCGUGGUGGAAGUUUUGCCAGUCUGGGGAGGAUCGGAUGUGUUCAAGAACUCGGGGCUAAACCUAAAGGUGAAGAAUUUGACAACAAGGGUAUCUGGCAACAGUGUGCUCCUGGAAGGAUAUUUCUGAUUCAACAAAUGGAGAGUGCUACUAAACAGCAGUUUUGAUUUGAUGCAAUUGAUCUGCAAAAUUACUAUGACUGGAGUUGCAAUUUUGGCUAAGCGGAGCUUUAUUCAUGGUUAACUAGUUUCCUCACUAGAAAUCAUGGCUUCAGAGCAAUUCUUAUACUCUACACGUUACAUGAGUUACACUAUUCUUAUUAUUUA